CCAAGGACACAAGUUGUGGCCGGAUAAAGGAUGUUUAAGCUUCAAUGGCUUGUUGCAACUCUAGCUUGCUUGACUUUUUGCAUAGGAGAUAAUGUUUCAUAUGAUUCAAAUGCGUUAAUUAUCAAUGGAGAACGGCGCAUUAUCUUCUCAGGCUCAAUUCAUUAUCCACGCAGCACUGAAGCAAUGUGGCCUGAUCUCAUUCAAAAAGCUAAAGAUGGUGGACUUGAUGCAAUUGAGACAUACAUUUUCUGGGAUCGUCACGAGCCACAACGACGAAAAUAUGAUUUCUCUGGACGUUUAGAUUUUAUUAAAUUCUUCCAACUUAUCCAAGACGCUGGACUUUAUGUUGUCAUGAGGAUUGGUCCUUACGUGUGUGCCGAGUGGAACUACGGAGGCUUUCCAGUGUGGUUGCACAAUAUGCCAGGAAUCCAACUACGAACUAACAAUCAAGUUUACAAGAAUGAAAUGCAAACUUUCACGACAAAGAUAGUAAAUAUGUGUAAACAAGCCAAUCUCUUUGCUUCACAAGGAGGGCCAAUAAUAUUAGCUCAAAUCGAGAAUGAGUAUGGAAAUGUGAUGACACCAGCUUAUGGAGAUGCAGGAAAAGCAUACAUCAAUUGGUGUGCUCAAAUGGCCGAAUCUCUCAAUAUUGGCGUUCCAUGGAUCAUGUGCCAACAAAGUGAUGCCCCACAACCUAUGAUUAAUACAUGCAAUGGAUUCUAUUGUGAUAACUUUACUCCAAACAAUCCUAAGAGCCCAAAAAUGUUCACUGAAAAUUGGGUGGGAUGGUUCAAGAAAUGGGGCGACAAAGACCCUUAUAGAACUGCAGAAGAUGUAGCAUUUUCUGUGGCAAGAUUUUUUCAAUCUGGUGGUGUGUUCAACAAUUAUUACAUGUAUCAUGGAGGCACCAACUUUGGAAGGACAUCGGGAGGUCCAUUCAUCACUACAUCUUACGACUACAACAACGCCCCACUUGAUGAAUAUGGGAACUUGAAUCAACCUAAAUGGGGGCAUCUCAAACAACUCCAUGCAUCAAUCAAGUUAGGAGAGAAGAUUCUCACUAACAGCACACGCUCAAACCAAAACUUUGGUAGCUCUGUAACUUUAACGAAAUUUUCUAACCCAACAACUGGGGAGAGGUUUUGCUUUUUAAGCAACACAGAUGGAAAAAAUGAUGCCACCAUAGAUCUACAAGAAGAUGGAAAAUAUUUUGUACCAGCUUGGUCUGUGAGCAUUCUUGAUGGUUGCAACAAGGAGGUUUACAACACUGCAAAAGUAAAUUCUCAGACAUCUAUGUUUGUGAAGGAGCAAAAUGAGAAGGAAAAUGCACAACUGUCAUGGGCUUGGGCUCCAGAACCUAUGAAAGACACACUGCAAGGAAAUGGUAAAUUUGCGGCAAACCUUCUUUUGGAACAAAAAAGGGUCACAGUUGAUUUUAGCGAUUACUUCUGGUACAUGACGAAGGUUGACACUAACGGAACAUCUUCACUUCAAAAUGUGACUCUCCAAGUAAAUACAAAGGGUCAUGUGCUUCAUGCUUUCGUCAAUAAAAGAUACAUUGGGUCGAAAUGGGGGAGUAAUGGCCAGAGUUUUGUGUUUGAGAAACCCAUUCUACUAAAAUCGGGAAUCAACACAAUAACUCUUUUGAGUGCCACAGUUGGUUUGAAGAAUUAUGACGCGUUUUAUGAUAUGGUGCCAACAGGAAUCGAUGGAGGCCCGAUCUAUCUAAUUGGAGAUGGAAAUGUGACAACUGAUUUGUCAUCAAAUUUAUGGUCUUAUAAGGUUGGAUUAAAUGGAGAAAUGAAGCAAAUUUACAACCCGAUGUUCUCACAAAGAACAAAUUGGAUUCCGCUAAAUCAAAAAUCUAUUGGAAAGGCGAUGACAUGGUACAAGACUAGCUUUAAGACACCUGCUGGAAUUGACCCAGUAGUCUUGGACAUGCAAGGAAUGGGAAAAGGCCAAGCAUGGGUAAAUGGGCAAAACAUAGGCCGAUUUUGGCCAUCUUUCAUUGCUGGCAAUGAUAGUUGCAGCGCAACAUGUGACUACAGAGGUGCAUACAACCCUAGCAAAUGUGUGGAAAAUUGUGGAAAUCCUUCUCAAAGAUGGUAUCAUGUUCCAAGAUCAUUUCUUUCAAGCGACACAAACACAUUGAUUUUAUUUGAAGAAAUUGGUGGAAAUCCACAACAAGUGUCAGUUCAAACAAUCACAAUAGGAACUAUAUGUGGAAAUGCCAAUGAAGGAAGCACCUUAGAGUUGUCUUGUCAGGGAGGACAUGUCAUCUCUGAAAUCCAAUUUGCUAGCUACGGAAAUCCAGGGGGAAAAUGUGGUUCGUUUAAGAAAGGUUCAUGGGAUGUGACAAACAUUGCUCCUAUUGUUGAAAAAGCUUGCAUUGGCAUGGAAAGUUGUUCAAUUGAUGUAUCUGCAAAGUCAUUUGGAUUAGGCGAUGCUACAAAUUUAUCAGCAAGAUUGGCAGUUCAAGCACUAUGUGCACAAAAUUGA